AUGCCUCAGCAGCUCCACUCAUUUUUAUCAAGCCGGAAACGACCGACAUCGAACAAUGGACAUACCGACGACCGGAAUCUAAACCUUCGAGAUCAAAACCAAGAAAUCCUAGGAAAUCUUGGUGAAUCUUGUUGUUAUUUAGACCUGCUAGGACCUUCGUCUCGGCCACCUUUAAACAGCUCGGCUCGAACGGUUCCUACAGAUCGGCCAUCUCCAGUCAUGUCGUCAUUGCACGGUUUUCAAUCGGACGGGAAUUUGCCAACGUCCCGCAAAGUGCAGGUCUCAGACGCCGAGUUGAUUCAUCGUGCUUGUCAAGCGAGUCUGGCAAGUCGUAAAGGAAGAUUGCUUCGCGUACCUUCCGUGAUGUGGGAUUGCAAAGAUAUCUCGGGUUUCGCAAUGCUUUCUCGACGAGUGGGUGAAGAUUUUGAAGUACUGACAACGGGAGAAGUCGCUUGUGAGCCAUGUGAUAUUGAGCCAUUGCUACGCCCUCGAACGGAAAGUGAAUACAACGUCGUGUCUCGUGAGUUUCAUGGCGACCAAUUCAUCUAUGGAUCGAUCGUUCAUGAAGUACAACCUCGAGGUUUUGGUAAUGACUUGGAAGAUGAGAGUGACGAAAAAACACGGGAAGAAUUCACUUUGGAUGCUGAAGACCACGCAGCAGUACGAACAGCCUGUUUUGCUCACUCGCGUAGCUUUGCACGGAAUGAAGAAUGGUGCUUCCUCGAACAUUUUCGACCUCGCACGGUCAUACCGAUCAGUCCUUUCACGACCAACGGCUCGACUAAUUCUUCAACGUCAUCGGUAAAUAUUGACGAUCCUACGGGGUUUACAAUUGUCAUGAGCUCCAUGCCUGAAAGCGAGCUGGCCGCUGGAAAAAUGAAGAAAGAAAGAGUGAUCCAGUUGCACGGUAUAACUGCAACAUACCUUGUAGAACCUGUGCCCCAAACUGCACGAUGCCGUGGUCCUCGGUCUCGUGUGAGCUUCCAUGCCAAAUUCACUGCUCCAAAAAGUGUUCCAGAAGGAUGGGCGGACUCGGAAACGGUGCGAUCACGGCUAGUGUCACUCGCAAAGAGUCUGCACCGUCUUCCUGAUCUAGUCUUACAACGAAAGCAGCAAGCUAGUCGUUUCAGUAUGCACGGCAGCUUUAGCAGUCGAUCUGGACAAGAGCAUCGUGACAACGAAGAGGCAAAUAACUCACGAUGUGUGGCAUGUACCAAAAGACUUCGGAUGAAGCUGUUAAAUGCUCCAACGCGCAGGUCAAAACGCUGCGAGAUUUGCAUGUAUCGUGCGUGUGCUUCGUGUUGGUCAAAAGAGAACGUUGAAACCUUUAGUGGUCCUACUACUAGUGUCGUCAUCUGUCGCCGCUGCCACGAAAAUUUUGGCAGCAGCAACUAUUCCCAUAUCCAGCUGACGUAA